AUGGAUGACAAAUGGGACCUCUGCGUCGACCUCUCGCUGCGCCGAGUCGUCUACAGCACGCUCGCGGGCGCCGCCACCGGGCUCGUCCUCUUUAGGUCCCCCACGAGUCGCUGGGCGGCUCUCGCCUUCGGCGCCGGCUGCGGCGUCGGUUCCGCCUACACCGACUGCUCGCGCAUUCUCGACGGCCACGUGCCACGAUUCUCCGCCCCGCUUGCCGCUAGAGCCGCCUCCGCUGCCCCUGCUCCCGCUGCGCCUGCCGUUUUUGCACCACCCCCCAUUGCGCCUGCCCCUGCCCUGGUCCCAUCUGCUGCUGCCGCCGCUGCUGGCUCAUCCGGGUCAACGGAUCAACUGCCGCAGGAUUAG